UCCUUUCUGCUCGAAAGGCAGACCAAAUAAUUUCAAAAGGAAAAGGAGAAUUGGAACCCUGUGGAAACAGUUUUGAAAUCGUUUUCUCCAACUUUUUGCUGAAAGAAAAACUAACUCUACACGAAGACAGUAAACAUAACAUGGCUGCUGCCCGAAAAAUUCUGUUGGCUGCUGUUUUCCUCUUCCUGGUCUCUCUGUUUCCUCAAGUCUUUCUUCAGAUGAAAGGGAAAAGAUCAAAGUUCUGGUUCUGAGUCCGAAGAGUAACUUGCUCGUGCCGAGAAAACUCGCCCAACAGCAGCAAAAUAACGAUCUCUUCAAAACAAGGAGACACGGAAAAUGCAAGUUAGUGAUCAGAUUGAAGUAGGAACAUGUCUAUGCGGUGACGAGAUGACGUCUAGAGAGGAAGAAGGAGAUGAAGGCGUGAGGCUCAUAGAGUGCCUCAGAGGAAGAUUGCUUGCAGAGAGGCAAGCAUCCAGAGCUGCGAAAGAGGAAGCAGAGCUCAUGGGUAAAAGGUUGGUAGAGCUAGAGACGAGACUCAGAGAAGAGAACGGACUGAGGGACAGAGCUGAAAAGAAGCUCAAUUUCCUAAAGAAGAAGCUCGAAUGCUUCAAGACUUCACCAUUAAUGGAGAGAUCAGAGCAAUCAAUUGGGAGCUGUCAAGCUUCCUGCAGAUUGUCAUCCACUGCAAGUUUGGAAGCAAACGAAGAAAUGGCACCGUAUGUGACGCACAAUCAUCUUCUUGAUGCUGCUGAAGAUGACCGCCAUCGAGGUACUGGAGAGAAGUUUGGUCCAGUCAAUUCUGAACUUCCAGACAGUGGCUCGAGCUCUGCGUCAAGCACAAGUGCGGUCACAACAUUGCAAGUGGCACCAUAUCAUAUAAAGGAGCUGAUGAACAGAGUGGACAGAGAUGGUGGCAAAACGUUUUACAGCGAGCAGAGGCAUUUCAUUUUAGCUACUUCAAACUCUUACUAUUGCUAAUACCACAUUGUUAUCUUUACGUCGAUGAAUAGUCAUCAUCUCGGAUGUCGGGGUCUUUAUUCCUGAGGUUUUCCUUUGCAAUAGUAAGAUAUCAUUUCAAGA